CGGCGGGUCAGGUGACCCGAGCGGCCGUCGCGCGGACCUUGGCUCCCUCGGCUCGGCUUCCGAGUCCCCGCCGCCAUGGCUAGUCAGUCACAGGGGAUCCAGCAGCUGCUGCAGGCCGAGAAGCGUGCCGCCGAGAAGGUGUCCGAGGCCCGCAAGCGAAAGAACCGAAGGCUGAAGCAGGCCAAAGAAGAAGCCCAGGCCGAAAUUGAACAGUACCGCCUGCAGAGGGAGAAAGAGUUCAAGGCCAAGGAAGCUGCGGCCCUGGGAUCCCAUGGCAGUUGCAGCAGUGAGGUGGAGAAGGAGACCAAGGAAAAGAUGACCAUCCUCCAGAACUACUUCCAGCAGAACAGGGAGGAAGUUCUAGAAAACCUCUUGGCCUUUGUGUGUGACAUCCAGCCAGAAAUCCACGAGAACUACCGCAUAAAUGGAUAGGACAGGAGAAGCGCCUUUUCUUUCCAUGGGUUGGUGUGGUAGACGCCCUCAUGGACAAUGGAGUGUUAGCAAAGCUCUAGCUCUGUUCUGUGAAAGACAUUAAAUUAUUUCUGUAUGCUGUA